AUGCAGAGUUUAAAACGUGUUUUCACAAUUAGUGGAACAUACACACAUACUGAUGAUUCAAUGGUUCAAAGUCUCUCAUGGAACACGCGCAUAAAAGGAUUUGCAAUUUGUUUUGGCCUUGGUGCUAUCUUUGGUGUGGUUUCUGUAAUUGUAUUUAUGACUUCUGGAAAUUUAACUGUUUUUGCCAUACUGUAUACAUUUGCCAAUAUAUUUGCGCUUGGAUCUACAAUCUUUUUGAUGGGACCUCUUAAUCAGUUAAAGAAAAUGUUUGCUGAAACACGAAUUAUCGCUACUAUCAUCUUUCUAAAACGCUUAAAACGAAUUACAACUGUGUCAUUACGAAAUUUGACAUUAAAUGAAUUUGAUUUUUUUGUUCAUUUUACAUUACAUCGUGCAGAUAAUACUAUUGCAUUUUACACAAGUGAAUGUAUGGAAAAUGAACGUAAUCCAGAAUGGACAAAUUUGAUAUUUCCCAAAUCUGUUCAGUGCCUGCAAGAUUUUAUUAUGCGUGUAUGGGUAACAUCAAAAAAUAGAAAAUUGAAUAAUAAUAUUUAUAAUCCAAUAAAACGAUUAUUUAUCGAAUAUCAAAUAUAUUUAAAUGAUUUGAAACCUGAUACAGACGUAAGAGGUAAGGAUUAUGAUCGAAUAAAUUCGUUGUGUUUGGAAAUGUUUGGGUAUUCAUUUGGUGAUAAUGAUGAAACGAAUGAGUUAGAACAGAAUUCAAAUUUUAAAAUACCGAAUUCUCUAUUACGUUAUCUACAUAAAUCAUAUACUAGAGAAAGUAUUUACAGGAUAAUUAAUGUUAUUAAUGCAAUACAAAAUGAGAAAGACUUAUCAAAAAUUUGUUUACAUAAUCUUCAAAAGUAUAUUACACCAAAUCAAAUUUAUUCUGAAGCAAUUAAAGAACGUGAAACUCGACAAUUGAAAGUAAAAUGUUUAAAACAUCAUUCUAAUAUACAAAAAUAUCAUUUAGAUAUCCAAAAAUAUUUACAAAAUAAUAAACGAACAAAAGUUGAUGAAAGGAAGAUACAACUAGAAAAAAAUUUCACAUUAUUACAUGAACAACAGGAAGAUCUGAUUUUAAUUGACAAAAAUAUUGAACAGUCAAAAUCUAUUUUACGUGAAUUAAAACAAUUGGUGAUCUAUCGUCAAAAUGAAAUCGUAAAUGAUAUAGCACGCUAUGUUUAUCCAAUAUCAAUUAAUUCCAUGCAUGAAUAUUGUAUUGCUGGCCUUAAAUUACCACAAGCUGAAGAUAAAAUACUUCAAUCAACGUACGGACGUGAACGAGACAAUGAUGCAAUAUCGAUUGCUAUAAAUUAUUGUUGUCAUUUUGUGUUAAUUAUUUCACAAUUUGUUCAAUUACCAUUACGUUUUCCAAUCGAAUAUAAUAGUUCAAUUUCGAAAAUAUUUGAUUAUACUCUGUCAUCUAGCGAAAAAACGAUUGAAUUUCCACUCUAUAUUCAUAAUGAUUUAAAUGCAUUUCAUUAUGGAUUUUUUUUGUUAAAUCGUAAUAUUGGUCAAAUGAUGUAUCAUUGUCGAACAAUUGGUCGUAAUACUGAUUAUCGAAAAACAUUAGAAAACUUAAAAGAUUUGAUUGAUCAUCAUUUUUCAUUAUCAAAUAAUUUUAAAUAUAUUUCAAAAAUGAGUUUAUCAUCGUCCGACAUGAAUACAUCCAAACUAGACACCGCUCAGCGUCAGCAAAUUAUGUCUACUGUACAGCAGCAAUUAGCUAUUCAAAAUGCUCAAGAACUUCUUCAGAAAUUAUCUGAUAAAUGUUUUAAAAUGUGCAUAUCGAAGCCCGGUGGAAGUUUGUCAAAUCCAGAACAGAAAUGUAUUAGUUUAUGUAUGGAUCGUUAUAUGGAUGCAUGGAAUAUUGUCAGUAGAACAUACGCUGAGAGAAUAAAACGAGAACAAAAUCGAAUGUGA